AUGAUGAGUCCUUUCAACGUGUUGAAGCAAGAUACCUGGGACUCUUCCCAAAGGCUCAUCAAGGAAGAUGUAUUUUAUCCAAAUGUGCACCUCAAUUACAUUCCAUCUCCAAAGAAAUUUACAUUACAAGACUUGCGUCUAAGCCAGAGUCCAACUGCAUCCCUCAUUGCGGGAACAGUACCCUUUUCAUUAUUGUCAGCCGAAGGUGUCAAAGCCUACCGAAGGGCUCUGUUCCAAAAGGAUGUCAUAGACAAAUGUGCCAACUCGCCAUUCCCGGGGACUUUGGUUCUUCGUGGCGCGGCGAAGCAGUCAAAGUUUAUUUAUGACUUUUGGACGCACCCCGAGACAAUGAGGAUUGUGUCCGAAGCAGUCGGUGUGCCUUUAGAGGUGGUGAUGCCAACAGAAAUAGGGCACACUAACAUCCAGGUUGAAGGCACUACCAUCGCAGAAUUGUCCAGCAAUCUGAAACCUGAGCCAGCGGUAGAAAGGCUUGAGCUGACUCCCGAAGACCGAGCUUAUGACCCUUUGAGAGAUGCUAGUGCUAUCAUUCCGUGGCACUACGACUCAUAUCCUUAUGUUUGUGUAUUGAUGCUGAGCCAUACUGAGGGCAUGAUCGGAGGCGAGACAUACAUCAAAAAGGGAGACGGGGAGGCUCAGAAGGUUGAGGGCCCCCAGAUUGGUCAUGCUAUCAUGCUCCAAGGCGGCGAAGUCUGUCAUCUGGCUGCCCGGGCAAAAGGUGUGAAGGAGCGAAUAUCAACCAUCACUUCGUACCGUUCUGCCACGCCGAAAGUUUAUGACUCCAGCUAUAUCACCAACGUCCGCCCUUAUGCAGAUACGAACACUCUCUAUCCUGAGUGGAUACGAUACCGCUUGCGAAAAUUGAGAGAUGAGCUUACCCAUCAUCUCGACGAGAUGGAGAAAGAAGAAGACGCGGCCCAAGAGAGAAAAGAUAUCCAAAAUCUUAUAGACCAACAGAUUGACUAUUUACAACGAACUUCUCGACAAAUGGUUGAUCCUGAAUAUACCCAGAAAGUUUUAAAGAAGUAUGGCAAACCGUCAUACUAUGAGGCCCCUAGAAUUUGGGAGACUGUUCAAUCACUGCCUGAAUUCCAAAGACUUGCAUUAGCCGCAGAUGAGGAACGACGUUGGCGGCCAGAGAGUAUCUAUUGGACGGAUCUCCUGAGAUCCAUCGAAACAAUUCGGUUAGGGAAACCUCUUCAGGGUGCCCUAGGAACAGCUGUGCGGGAGAAGACGAGAAGGUACUACAUGGGAGAUGAACUUUUGCGACAAGGACUCAAUGAGGCAUUCUUGGAUUGGUUGGGAUGCUCAGGUAUUUGGGAAAUUUACUGCAACAACAUUUGA